AUGACUGAGUUGAGUGGUAAAAUCAUUGUUGUGACGGGCGCGGGCAGUGGGAUUGGUCACGCCAGUUAUAAAGCACUCGCAGCUGAGGGUGCGACGAUCGCCUUGUGCGAUAUCAACGAGGCCGCAGUCAAGACUGGCUGUAGCGAGUUGGGAGGUGAACAUCAAUUCUAUGCCUUGGAUGUAGGCUCAAGCCAGCAGUGUAAUGAGAUUGUUGCUCGUAUCGUUGGUCACUUCGGUCGAAUCGACGGUCUCUUCAACUGCGCAGGCGUUAACCCUACUGAAAGUCCGCUCGCCGAAACCACAGACGAAUAUUGGGACAAGCUCGUCAGCACCAACCUCCGCGGCCCGUACAACAUGACCAGAGCGUGCAUUCCUCACCUUCAGACUGGUGGAGUUAUCGUCAACGUCUCGUCCACUGCUGGCAUCCGAGCCUCGGCUGGUUUCGCAAUUUACAAUGCUACCAAAUUCGGAGUGAUUGGAUUCUCAAAGUCCAUGGCGCUGGAGUUGGGACCUAAGGGAAUUAGGGUCAACGUAAUCGCGCCGGGACCCAUUGAUACGCCAACCAAUGCUUCGGUGAUGGAAGGAGAAGAUGCAGUGAGGCGUAUUGAGCAGAGGAUCUCCAUGGGCCGUCUUGGAAAGCCAGACGAGGUUGCGGACGUCGUCACUUUUCUAUUUAGCGAGAAGAGUCGUUGGGUCAAUGGUGCAGUGAUCGAGGUCACCGGUGGUAUGUGA